AUGAGUCAACUCGGCUUGUUAUUGCAGGAAUCUCGGGGUGAGUCAAGAACGAUUCUCGGGUUGUUAAACGAACAAAUGGACGCUGUUGGUGGAGUUCCUCGUAGGAGGCGUAGCUUUAAGGAACGGUUUGGAUUCAUCAGGAUAGGUUGCUGUGGAACAACACGGGGCUUUCGUUCUUCUUCUGCUUCACCUCAAUUGCCUCACUCUCAGCAACAAAUUUCGGAUACGGAUCCGGUUCAGGAUCCGAGCGUCUGCGUUGGACCGAAUCCAACUGCUUCGAGUUUGAAUUCCAGUUCGAGUACGGGUAAUAUGAAUCUUGCGGCGGCCUUGGCGGCGGAGAGGCAACUCCGAAGACCGGCGCCGGAAACUACCGUCAUCGGAGGGGGUAGGACUCCGGGAACACCGUGGAGAGUGUCGUUGAUGAGGCUGUUAGAGGAGACGGAAAACGGUGACACGGUGGCUGAAAAGGCUGUGAGUGAGGUAAAAGUUGGUGAUGUGGCGGGGAAUAAUUCGGUGUGUUGCGUGUGCAUGGGAAGGAAUAAAGGCGCGGCGUUUAUUCCGUGUGGACACACUUUUUGCAGAGUUUGUUCUAGGGAGCUGUGGCUGAACAGAGGCUCCUGUCCACUUUGUAACCGUUCCAUUCUUGAGAUUCUUGACAUUUUCUAG